AUGGACUCUCUACUCCUCCUCCUCCCUUUCUCCCUCCAUCUCCUUUCCCCUUACUAUUACCACCUCCUCACAUUACUCUUCCUCAUUUCCCUAUCAACAUUAUUAUUCCUCAUCAACAAGAACAACAACAACAACAAUAACAGUAAUAAUCCGAAACUCCCUUCAGGCCCACCGGGCCACCCGGUCGUGGGCAACCUCUUCCAGGUUGCCUUCUCCGGCAAGCAAUUCUUCGAGUACGCGCGCGACCUCAUCCCAAUCUACGGCCCAAUCUUCACCCUACGCAUGGGCUCCCGCACCAUCAUCGUCGUCGCCAGCGCCAGCCUGGCCCACGAGGCCCUGAUCGAGAAGGGCCCGGUCUUCGCGACCCGCCCGAGCGAAAACCCGACCCGCACAAUCUUCAGCUCCAAUAAAUUCACCGUGAACGCGGCCCUCCACGGCCCCGUCUGGCGCUCCCUCCGCCGCAACAUGGUCCACAACAUGCUCGCGCCAGCCAGAGUCCGCGACUUCCAAACUGUCCGCGAAUCGGCUAUGGACACUUUCGUCUCGCGCCUCCGCUCGGAAGCUUCCGAGUCAAAAGAAUCCGCCGUUUGGGUCUUGAAAAACGCGCGCUUCGCAGUCUUCUGCAUUCUACUCGAAAUGUGCUUUGGAGUCGAGAUGGACGAUUGCACGAUCGAGAGGGUCGACCGAGUCAUGAGGGACGUGCUCCUCGCGCUUAAACCGAGGCUCGACGACUAUUUUCCUUUACUCGGCCCGUUUUUUCCGAAACAGAGGACGAGGGUGCGCGACGUCAGGAAGCGCCAGAUCGAAACCCUCGUCCCAUUAAUCGAGAAGCGUCGAAAAUUUUCCCAAGGGUUUGCGUACCUCGACACGCUAUUCGAUCUAAAGGUCGAGGGCCGGGAAGCAACGGAAGAAGAGCUCGUGACGCUCUGCUCGGAGUUUCUCAACGGUGGGACGGACACGACGGCCACGGCGAUAGAGUGGGCCGUGGCGCGGAUGAUCGAGAGCCCCGAGAUCCAAACGAGGCUCUACGAGGAGAUUGUUUCUGCCCUAGGGGUGAGGAAGGUGGAGGAGAAGGACGUGGAGCAAUUGCCUUACCUCAACGCCUUUGUUAAGGAGCUACUGCGCAAGCACCCGCCCACGUAUUUUCUCCUCACGCACGCUGUCACGGAGCGGACUAACCUGGCCGGGUAUGAUAUCAUGCCGGGGGCAAAUGUGGAAUUUUUCUCGCAGGCUAUAUCGGAUGAUCCGAAUGUGUGGGACAACCCGGAGAGGUUUGACCCGGAUCGGUUCUUCAAGGGGCGUGAGGAGGCGGAUAUUACUGGGGUUACGGGGGUGAAGAUGAUGCCGUUCGGGGCGGGUCGGAGGAUCUGCCCCGGAUUGGCGAUGGGGACGCUGCAUAUAAGUCUGAUGCUGGCGCGAAUGGUGCAGGAGUUCGAGUGGUCGGCUUGUCCGGAUGGGGCCAAAAUUGACUUCAGCGAGAGGCUUAUAUUUACGGUGGUGAUGAAGAAUAGCCUCAGGGCAAAGAUCAAGCCCAGAGCAUGA